UUUUCAUUUGCUGUGCUCAUGCUAACUAAAAUUUGUUUUCCUGACUCUGUUUUAUGGAAAGACAUUGACUAUAAUGACAGCAGUCAUGAUAGUGUUGAUCUGACCCUUUGCUUUACUGAUGGUUUCCUCAUCACUUUUAUCUGUGUAACCUUUUGGAUUGUUGCAAUCAUCAGUUUUAUCUUCACAAAUAGUGACUUACCAUCAAUUCCCUUAUCAUGGCUCAUUAUUACAAAAAAAGCAUUAUGCAUUGCUAUUUUUAUCACAGUAGUCUGUACUCUUACAUAUUCUGUGAUUAAGAAUAGAAGUGAAACUAUCCCUCGCUAUAAUUUCAUCUAUCUUGUGUUUACUGGAUUAACAAUGGUAUGGGUAAUGCUCUUAAUGGCAUAUCAUCGUAAAAGAGGGAUACAAUCUUCGGGAAUUUUUAUUAUUUUUUGGAUGGCUUUCCUUAUUUAUGGUUCUAUUAAGCUAAGAACUUUAAUACUGAUUGCAGAAGACAAAAAUGGAGUACCUGACAGAAUGAUGUUUUCAUCAUUUGUUAUUGUGUACUUCUUGUCAAUUGUUCAAAUGGUUCUUUCCUUUGUGCCAGAGAAGAAAGCCAACUCAUAUUAUACACACUUUAUUAAUCAGAAACCCUCACCAGAAGAAUCUUCUUCAUUUUUAUCACUCAUUACAUGGUGGUGGAUGAACAGCUUAAUGUGGAAAGGUUUUCACAGCACUCUGACUUAUGAUGACUUAUAUGAUCUUAAUAUGAAAGACAGGUCUACUUAUGUUGCUCCAAAGUUUCAGAGAGAGUGGAACAGACUUGUGUCUAAUGCUGGUUUAAACUUUGUUAACAAUGAUAUUGAAGGAUCAGAGACAAAGGGUAGACAACCAUCAUUAGUGCUAGCUCUUUCUAGAGCAUAUGGAUUUGAUUUCUUUGUGGCUGGGAUUUUUAAACUUUUUCAAGAUAUACUGGGUUUUAUAGGACCUCAACUCUUAAAGCUAAUGAUAGACUAUGUUAGGGAUGAGGCAGAGCCUGCUUGGAGGGGCUAUCUGUAUGCAGUUACUAUAUUCUUGCUUGCUAUAUUACGUUCACUGUUGCUACAUCAAUACUUUAAUCGUUGCUAUAUUGUUGGCAUGAGGAUACGCUCUGGUCUGAUACAAGCUGUGUAUAAGAAGGCAUUGAUAUUGAGCAAUGAAUCCCGUCAAAAUAGAGCAACAGGAGAAAUAGUUAAUUUAAUGUCUGUUGAUGCUCAAAGAUUUCAAGACUUAAUGGUGUAUCUUCACAUGAUCUGGUCUGGUCCUUUCCAAGCUUUUUUAGCACUUUUCUUUCUUUAUUUGUCAAUGGGCCCAUCAAUAUUUGCUGGUUUAGCUGUCAUGGUUAUACUACUGCCAGUCAAUGCUCUGGUGACAAAGUAUAUUCGUCGUUUUUCUGUGAUAGUUAUGUCAAAGAAGGAUUCUAGAUCUAAAAUGAUUAAUGAGAUUUUAAAUGGCAUCAAGGUGAUUAAACUAUAUGCCUGGGAAAUACCAUUCAGGAAAUUGAUCAUGGGUAUCAGAGAUGAAGAAAUCAAAGUUUUGAAAAAAGCUUCAUUGCUGAAUGCAUCUUUGUCCUUUACUUGGACUUCAGCUACAUUUCUGGUUGCUGUGGCCACUUUUGCAACUUACUCUCUUAUAAAUCUUAACAGUACAAGUAUUGAGGAUAGAUUGACACCUGAGAAAGCAUUUGUUGCUUUAUCAUUGUUUGAAUUGCUUAGUUUUCCAAUUUCCAUUGUCCCGAUGAUGAUACUUUAUUUAAUCCAGGCUAAUGUAUCUCUAAAGCGUCUCUCUUCCUUUUUGACUGACGAAGAACUUGAUCUUAAUUGUGUCAGUUACACUGAGGAGCCAGCUAGUUGUGGUGAAAAUGCUCUAUCAAUAAAUGAAGGAUUCUUUUCUUGGGAUGCCAAAACACCUCCUAUUUUAUUGAAUAUUAAUUUAUCAGUUGAAACAGGAGAGCUAGUAGCAAUAGUGGGUCAUGUUGGUGCUGGUAAAUCUUCUCUCAUUUCAGCAUUAUUGGGUCAAAUGAAGAAACUAUGUGGUGAAGUAUCUCUUAAGGGCCGAUUGUCAUAUGUACCUCAACUGGCAUGGAUCCAGAAUGCUACUAUUCGUGAUAAUAUAGUUUUUGGUAAAAAAUUUGAUGACAUUCUCUAUAAUGAGACACUGCAGUGUUGUGCCCUUGAGAGUGAUCUUGAGUUAUUAGCUGGAGGGGAUAUGACUGAAAUUGGAGAGAAAGGUAUUAAUCUUAGUGGUGGUCAGAAACAACGAGUGAGUCUAGCUAGAGCAGUCUAUCAGGAUUCUGAUGUGUAUCUGCUAGAUGAUCCUUUAUCUGCUGUUGAUUCACAUGUUGGUAAACACAUUUUCGAUAAAGUAAUAGGACCAAAUGGAAUGCUAAAAGGAAAAGUGCGUAUAUUAGUAACACAUGGUAUAGGAUUCUUGUCACAGUGUGAUAAGAUAAUAGUCAUGAGUAAUGGACGUAUAACUGAGGUAGGAUCAUACAGGCAACUCAUUGAGCAAAAUGGAGCAUUUGCUGAAUUUCUACAAAACUAUAGCUUGCCCAAUGAUGUGAAUGAUAACGAUAUUGAGAUGAAUGAGAAUAAGAUAGUAGAUGAGAAUAAAGAAACAUUUAAAAGAACAAAAGGAGAAAGAAAAUCAUUUAUAAUGACCGAAGAAACAGUCGAAACUGGUUCUGUGCACUAUGCUGUGUUUCUCAGCUAUGCUAAGUCUUGUUCUUAUUUCUUAGCAUUUCUUGUUGGUUUUUUGUAUCUAAUUGUAAGUGGUGGGUCUGUUGGUCAGAACCUAUGGCUUGCUCAUUGGAGUAAUCAGGAAGGAAGAGACACUGCUAAUAAUUCUGACCUCUCUCUUAAUCUUGGUGUCUAUGCUGGCUUUGGUUUCUUGCAAACCAUAUCAACUGUUCUGGCAUCAUUUGCAUUGGUAUUUGCUACUCUAAAAGCAUCCAGGACCCUUCAUAAUGGAAUGCUACUCAACAUCCUCCGCUCUCCACUUUCAUUUUUUGAGUCAACACCUCUUGGAAGGAUACUGAACCGAUUCUCCAAGGAUAUUGAUGUUGUUGAUGAAGCUAUCCCAAUUGCAUUGAGUGAAUUUCUAUUCACCUUUUCUGCUGUUGUAGCUACUAUCAUUGUUAUUUGUUAUACCUCUCCUUGGUUUAUACUGCUCAUUGUGCCAUUGUCGCUCUUUUAUCUUGUGGUACAGCGUUUUUAUGUGAAGACUUCAAGACAACUGAAGCGUUUGGAGUCCUCGUCACGCUCUCCGAUAUACUCACACUUUCAAGAGAGUAUUAAUGGAGCCAGCAGCAUUAGAGCUUAUUCUAAAGUUGAUGAGUUCCAGCUACAAUCCGAAGCUCAUGUAGAUCACAAUCAAACUGCAUUCUACCUCACCAGCUGCUCAAACAGAUGGUUAGCAGUUCGGCUUGAACUAGUUGGGAAUCUUGUUAUAUUUUUUGCUGCUUUAUCUGCAGCCCUUCAGCGUAACUAUCCUGAAAUUUUUGGUAGAAUAGAUCCUGGUCUGGUUGGGUUGUCAAUUAGUUAUUCUUUGAUGGUCACCCAAUCACUUAAUUGGACAGUUAGGAUGAUGAGUGAUCUGGAAAGUAAUAUUGUUGCUGUUGAAAGAAUAAAAGAAUACACUGAGACACCUAAUGAAGCUCCUGAUGUUAUUCCUAGUUGUCCUAUUCCUCCUGGCUGGCCAAUUCAGGGUAGAGUACAGUUUAGUCAUUAUUCCACACGCUACCGGCCUGGGUUAGACUUGGUACUCAAAGACAUUACAUGUGAUAUACCCGGAGGCCAAAAGGUUGGAAUAGUAGGUCGAACAGGAGCAGGAAAAUCUACACUAGCACUAGCAUUGUUUCGUAUCAUUGAAUCAGCUCAAGGAUCUAUAUCGAUUGAUGGUGCAGAUAUCAGUACUUAUGGAUUAAGGGAUCUCAGGUCUAACAUUACUAUAAUACCACAGGAUCCAGUGUUGUUCUCAGGGUCUCUUAGACUCAAUCUUGAUCCUUUUAAUGCCAAAUCUGAUGAAGAGUUAUGGAGAGUGUUAGAAACUGCUCAUUUGAGUGAGUUUGUAAGUGGACUCACUGAAGGAUUGUACUACCCUGUUGCUGAAGGAGGAGAAAAUUUGAGUGUUGGUCAACGUCAGUUAGUGUGUCUAGCUCGUGCUUUACUUCGUAAAACAAAGAUAUUAGUAUUAGAUGAAGCUACUGCUGCUGUUGAUUUAGAAACUGAUGGUUUGAUUCAAAAGACGAUUCGCUCAGAGUUUGCUAAUUGUACAAUUUUAACUAUAGCUCAUCGUAUUAACACUAUUAUGGAUUAUGAUAGGGUAAUGGUAUUGGAUAAUGGACGUAUUGCAGAAUUUGACUCUCCUAACAUGCUCAUUGCCAAGAAAGAAUCUUUUUAUGAACUUGUCAAAAACUCUGGUAUUUUGUAAAUUUAAAACCAUCAUGCAAGUAUUUUAACUGUGAUAUUUGUUUUUGUGUAUUUAUGAAGAUCUAGAUCUAAAAU